AUGGCAUGGAAGAGCACCAGUAAGCCAGUGACUCAGCCCCUCGUGGCAAGGUCAGAGGCAGAGAGCAGUGGAGAGAGGAACGACCAAGCAGGAACAGCACAGGGAGAGUUCAGCAGCUCAGAAUGCUUGCCAUUCAACUUCACCUGGGAGGCUGAAUAUUUUCUUUCCUCUUCCGUUGCUCUUCUGUUCAUGCACCUGGUUGAAGACGGUCUCUUUGGGCAGUGCCGUACCUCUAAGCAGGACCAGGUGCAGUACCAGGUGUCAUUUCCUGUUUUGAAGAGGAUGCAGGAAGUCCUCAAGCAGCUCAUGCUACAGGGUCUGUCCUGGCAGGAUGACAUUACCCAGUACGUUGUUGCCAAAGAGCUGAGCAGAGUUCCUCACACCACACAGUCCCUAAAGGCCUCCUCCUUUUCACAAACCAAGCAGAGCUCCUCCAAUCAGAGAGCACACCCCAGCAGCUCCUCCAGUCAGGGAGGAUACCUCAGCAGCUCCUCCAGUCAGGGAAGAUACCCCAGCAGCUCCUCCAAGCAGGGAGGAUACCCCAGCAGCUCCUCCAAGCAGGGAGGAUACCCCAGCAGCUCCUCCAAGCAGGGAGGAUACCCCAGCAGCUCCUCCAGUCAGGGAGGAUACCCCGGCAGCUCCUCCAGUCAGGGAGGAUACCCCAGCAGCUCCUCCAAGCAGGGAGGAUACCCCAGCAGCUCCUCCAGUCAGGGAGGAUACCCCAGCAGCUCCUCCAGUCAGGGAGGAUACCCCAGCGGCUCCUCCAGUCAGGGAGGAUACCCCAGCAGCUCCUCUAAGCAGGGAGGAUACCUCAGCAGCUCCUCCAGUCAGGGAGGAUACCCCAGCAGCUCCUCUAAGCAGGGAGGAUACCCCAGCAGCUCCUCUAAGCAGGGAGGAUACCCCAGCAGCUCCUCCAGUCAGGGAGGAUACCCCAGCAGCUCCUCUAAGCAGGGAGGAUACCCCAGCAGCUCCUCCAGUCAGGGAGGAUACCCCAGCAGCUCCUCCAGUCAGGGAGGAUACCCCAGCAGCUCCUCUAAGCAGGGAGGAUACCCCAGCAGCUCCUCUAAGCAGGGAGGAUACCCCAGCAGCUCCUCCAGUCAGGGAGGAUACCCCAGCAUCUCCUCCAGUCAGGGAGGAUACCCCAGCAGCUCCUCUAAGCAGGGAGGAUACCCCAGCAGCUCCUCUAAGCAGGGAGGAUACCUCAGCAGUUCCUCUAAGCAGGGAGGAUACCCCAGCAGCUCCUCCAGUCAGGGAGGAUACCCCAGCAGCUCCUCCAGUCAGGGAAGAUACCCCAGCAGCUCCUCUAAGCAGGGAGGAUACCCCAGCAGCUCCUCUAAUCAGGGAGGAUACCUCAGCAGCUCCUCUAAGCAGGGAGGAUACACCAGCAGCUCCUCUAAGCAGGGAGGAUACCCCAGCAGCUCCUCCAGUCACGGAGGAUACCCCAGCAGCUCCUCCAGUCAGGGAGGAUACCCCAGCAGCUCCUCCAGUCAGGGAGGAUACCCCAGCAGCUCCUCCAAUCAGGGACGAUACCCCAGCAGCUCCUCCAGUCAGGGAGGAUACCCCAGCAGCUCCUCCAGUCAGGGAGGAUACCCCAGCAGCUCCUCCAAUCAGGGAGGAUACCCCAGCAGCUCCUCCAAUCAGGGAAGAUACCCCAGCAGCUCCUCCAAUCAGGGAGGAUAUCCCAGUCAGGCUGACAGCCACCAGGACCACUUGAUAGUAGACCAUCUCCAGUCCCCCCUCCGCAUGCAGACAUCUUCCAUGGACCCCUUUACCUACCAACAGCACAGAUACCAGGAAGAUAUGGAGCGCUCCCUCCACCAGGGAGGAGGAGUCUACGCAGGGCUCCGCCCCUCCUCCAGAUACCAACAGGCCAAACAGAGAGAGAGAGACCAUCAACUGCAACAGAACGUCAUCUCCCUCUAUCUGUCCUCUUCCCCUGCACAGCCCUCAUUCCGCCACCGGGGGGCAGCAGCCCUGCCGGCCCCACCCUACUACGAGGAACCGGAACUGCCUCUGGACUAUGUAGAGGACUACAGUCUGACAGAGCUGGCUAUGGCUAGAGCCAGACAACAGCAGCAGCUUCCACAGCAUGACUACAGCUCUCUGGGUGGGCUGGAUGAGUCUAUCCUACAGCGUAUGGUGGAGACCCUGGACAGGUAUGGUAUCGACCCUAGAAAGCUGACCCCCCAGCAGCUCUACAGACUGGCUGUGGUGCUGCAGCUGAUGCAGGCUGAGGACAAGGACAACAUAGAGCCACUUACCGAAGAUCCAAAGGAGACUCAGCAGGUUCUUAAAAGCAGUGACACAGUGCCUGAAAAGGUAGAGAAAGCUUCCGCCCUUGUCCCCGGGCCCAAGGUGGUCCCUACCCUGGCCUCAGCUGCCACCAGUCCCCCCAUCACGGCACCUCUAGAGGGCAGCGUGACGGCUAAGGACUCCUCCGUCUCUGUGGAGGAUGUGAAAGAGAAGGUGAAAAGCUCCAGUGUCCCAGCUGCUGAGAGGGGAACAGCAGACAGGGAGCAGUAUGGAUACAUCGUCACCAACCAGAGUCCUCUCAGUCUGUAUAAUGGGGUGAAACUACUGGGCGUACUUGCAGAGAGGAUCCACAUGACUACCAGCAGCUUCAUCAACAUCAGCGUGGUGGGCCCUGCCCUGACAUUCAGGAUCAGGCAGAACCCUCAGGACAUGAGUGCAGAGGAUAUGGCUGAGAAGGCUGCGUCUCAGAAGUCCUUUCUGGAGUCUGAGACGGGGUUGAAGAUACUGCAGACUGGUGUGGGACAGAGGAGCGAGGGUCAUGGGCUGCCCCAUGCCACGCGGGUGAGGGGGGGCUCCAGUGGGCUGGUACUGACACUGGUGUCCAUGGCGUGUGUGGGCGGCGUGGUGGUGGUAGCGUUGACCAUCGCCUGUCUCCGACACCACGCCAAGCAGCUGACCUCAGGGAAACUGGGCCUCGGACCCGAGGGAGGACCGGAGACACAUGUUGACUACCAGGAGCUCUGCAGGCAGCACAUGGCAGCCAAGCCGUCGUUCAGUCGUCAGGAGGCGGUGGGCGGGGGAGCGGGGGGUCGGAGGGGGACAGACACCUCCAGGGUGAGCAGUGUGUCGUCCCAGUUCAGUGACGGCCCACAACACAGCCCCUCCUCACACAGCAGUACGCCCUCCUGGAGCGAGGAGCCCGCACAGUCCAACAUGGACAUCUCUACUGGUCACAUGAUACUGGCCUAUAUGGAAGAUCAUCUGGAGAAUAAGGACCGUCUGCUGAAGGAGUGGGAGGAUCUUUGUUCCUACCAGGCCGAACCCAGUGUUGUCACUGUAGCACAGAGUGAAGCCCACCUGGAGAAGAACCGCUGUUCGGACUCUCUUCCCUAUGAUCAUUCCCGUGUGAAAUUGAAGGCAGAGAGCAACUCCACCAAGGAAGACUACAUUAACGCCAGCAUCAUAAUUGACCAUGACCCUCGACUGCCUGCUUACAUCGCCACCCAGGGACCACUGGCACACACAAUCGCUGACUUUUGGCAGACAGUCUGGGAGAAUGGCUGUACAGUGAUAGUGAUGAUGACUGCCCUGGUUGAGGAUGGAGAGACUCAGUGUGUUCGCUACUGGCCUGACGAGGGAUCAUCCCUCUACCACAUCUACGAGGUGAAUUUGGUCUCUGAACACAUCUGGUGUAAAGACUUCCUGGUUCGUAGUUUCUACCUGAAGAACGUUCAGACCCAGGAGACUCGUACCUUGACACAGUUCCACCUGCUCAGCUGGCCCUCCAACGGAAUCCCUACCUCCACACGCCCUCUGCUGGACUUCCGCAGGAAGGUGAAUAGGUGCUACAGAGCUCGAUCCUGCCCCAUCAUCGUCCACUGCAGUGACGGCACUGGCAGAACGGGAACCUACAUCCUUAUUGACAUGGUCCUCAAUCGCAUGGCUAAAGGCGUGAAGGAGAUUGAUAUUGCUGCGACAUUGGAACACAUUCGGGAUCAGAGACCGAACUUAGUCCGCACCAAGGAUCAGUUUGAGUUUGCACUGACUGCCGUGGCAGAAGAGGUCAAUGCCAUCCUGAAGGCUCUGCCACAGUGAACCAUUCUGUCCACCCUACCACCUCGUGUGCCAGAACCUUACAACUAGAAUGACCAUGAAAGUUAUGCAUCAUAAUACCAAUGACGGCCAUAUUGAGUGUCCCCCAUGAUUGUACCAUUCACACUGCUGUGGUCUGACGGGUUGUUGACGAUCUAGUAAUUCUAUUUCUAUGGCCAUUAUGAACCCUUCCUCUACAUCCAGAUACACAGCCAGGGAGGAACUACAUUUCCCAGAGUCCUUUACUACUACACCAAUGACCAUAGGAGUCAGCAAGACCGAACAAACAGAUCUGAGGCCAGGCUGCUAUCAUUAUGCAUUCAUAAUGAAAUUACAUUUUAAAAUCCUGGAGAUUAUUCCGUUCAGGUUAAAAACACUUUAAAUGUACAGUAGGACCCCUUUACAGUGUCUUGUUAUUCGAUUUUAGAUUGAGAUUUGGUCUUAAAAUACUGUGUCUUGAUUCUGUAACAUUUCUCCUUUCUCUGAUUCUCAGUCUCAGACAUGUCUCACUAGAGAUAUUACAAUUACCACGAUCCCUCCUGUUAUGUUGUCAUGGUGAUGUUAUAUUACCAUGAUCCCUGCUGUUCUGUUGUCAUGGAGAUGUAGUAUUACCAUGAACCCUCCUGUUCUGUUGUCAUGGAGAUGUUGUAUUACCAUGAACCCUCCUGUUCUGUUGUCAUGGAGAUGUUGUAUUACCAUGAACCCUCCUGUUCUGUUGUCAUGGAGAUGUAGUAUUACCAUGAUCCCUCCUGUUCUGUUGUCAUGGAGAUGUAGUAUUACCAUGAACCCUCCUGUUCUGUUGUCAUGGAGAUGUAGUAUUACCAUGAUCCCUCCUGUUCUGUUGUCAUGGAGAUGUAGUAUUACCAUGAACCCUCCUGUUCUGUUGUCAUGGUGAUGUUGUAUUACCAUGAACCCUCCUGUUCUGUUGUCAUGGAGAUGUUGUAUUACCAUGAACCCUCCUGUUCUGUUGUCAUGGAGAUGUUGUAUUACCAUGAACCCUCCUGUUCUGUUGUCAUGGAGAUGUUGUAUUACCAUGAACCCUCCUGUUCUGUUGUCAUGGAGAUGUUGUAUUACCAUGAACCCUCCUGUUCUGUUGUCAUGGAGAUGUUGUAUUACCAUGAACCCUCCUGUUCUGUUGUCAUGGAGAUUUUGUAUUACCAUGAACCCUCCUGUUCUGUUGUCAUGGAGAUGUUGUAUUACCAUGAACCCUCCUGUUCUGUUGUCAUGGAGAUGUUGUAUUACCAUGAUCCCUCCUGUUCUGUUGUCAUGGAGAUGUUGUAUUACCAUGAUCCCUCCUGUUCUGUUGUCAUGGAGAUGUUGUAUUACCAUGAUCCCUCCUGUUCUGUUGUCAUGGAGAUGUUGUAUUACCAUGAUCCCUCCUGUUCUGUUGUCAUGGAGAUGUUGUUUAAAACCACAUUGUACUCCAGAAGGUAUCCAUCCAUAUAACAUAACAGCAUGAGGCCCGUGGCUUGUUUAUGCAAGAAGACAGAGACCCUCACUAUGGUGAGGAUGAAGUGAGUGACAUGCUAGAGUACAAUACGUUACACCAGUUUCUCUAAGGGGCUGGCGUUUACCUCUAAGGGGAUGGCGUUUACCUCUAAGUUUAACUCUAAACCCAAUGAUUUAUUCAUUUUGUAAUUCAACUAUUACUGUACACUGACGACCUAAUCACUCACAUCUGAAUCAUAUCAAUUAGUGUCUUCAAUGUUACCGUAAAACGUCUGUGUUUAUUGUAAAUAAUUCACCUGAUGAUUUAUUAUAUGUUUAUUAAUGUAGCAAACACAUAGAAAACAACUAUAAAAAUAUUUUUCACUCAAUGUAUGUAAUUAAAUCUCUAUUGUGAUGUGGUGCAACAGCA